CGUUUGCAUGCAGCCUGCGUCGACCUGUAGUGCUGUCAAUGAUGUGAAAAAUGGAGAAUCCUUCUAUGCGUCAUUUCCUUCUAUUUGUCUGAUGUACUGGGAGCCUUUUUAAUGCGGAAAGAUCAGUAGGCCCUUGUGGAAUCUAGUCCUACUGCUGACCAUCGAGUUUGCCUACCAAGAACGCACAAAAUGGUCAUUGUCGCUCCCGCUAUAUCUGCUGCAUUCUCGUAAUGUAACUCGAAGUUACAUUUCGCUUGCAUCUGCGCAAGAAGUCGAAAGACAACGCGUUUGGAGACUCUAUCGCACAAGCUCCCAUUUCUUUCCCGAAAACGCUUGCUUGUGGUGUUACAACAUGGUGUCUCCAUGGGUCGCCAAUAUAAUCAUCGCUGCAGUCGCAUCUAGCAUGUGGAUCUGGAUGCAAACUUACGUGAAGGUUCAAGUUGCUUUACACGGACAGUCAAUACUUAUUCCUAAAAACCGGACAGAACCACCCGACCUAACGAACGACACGUAUGGAAGGCAUGCAUACUCGAAUCUCACCAACAUCACAAUGCAUUACGUGACCAAAGGUUGCGAAGACGUACGGGCAGACCGUCCUAUGCUUCUGAUGCUGCAUGGAUUCUUGGACUUCUGGUUCAUUUGGAACAGACAGAUAGCUACUCUCGGGGAGCAAUUCUGCGUUGUAGCACCAGAUUUGCGUGGCUACGGUCUUACUACGAAGCCUAAAAAUCCUGAAGACUACCUGAUGACAAAGCUUAUCGAUGACCUAAAGGAACUUAUCGAUCAGCUCAAUGUUAUCAUGAAAAGGGACAUUGUCCUUGUCGGACACGACUGGGGGGGAAUGAUUGCCUUUUGUUUCGCAACGAUGCAUGAAAAGUUAUUAGAAGGUCUCGUUGUCAUCAACGGAGUGCAUCCAAUGGCCUUCUAUAAGCAGCUUUAUCAAAGUGAGGAGCAAAUAAAGAAGAGCUGGUUCAUAGAGCCAUUUAAGCGCCCUGACAUCCCUGAGAAGUACAUCAUCAUGAAGGACUUCGCGCUCUUCGACCAGAUGCACAAGGGGUUCACCUCGGAUGAGGAAGAGGCCCACAAGUAUAUGUUUUCGAAGAACGGCUCCCUGACUGCAGCCCUGAACUACUACCGCGCCUUUGUGCACGACAAAGACCAACUGAGGAAACUGCCGUACCGCAAGAUCAACGUCACCACAAUUAUCCUUUGGGCCGAGAAAGACGACUUUCUCACGAAGCCCAUUGCAAAGUACAACCAAGAGUGGCUCAAGACUUCAAAGAUAGUGUACUACACGAAGGCCGGACAUUGGGUGCUACGGCAGUGCCCCGAUGAGGUGAACGAGCACAUUAGCAACUUCGCAAUGGACGAAUGGCAGGAUGUAGUGGUGGAGGAGAGGAGUCUAACGAGUCUAGGGAGGCGUCAUAGGGCCCCGAAAUCAAAGGAAAAUCCAUGUUCGGUGUUUAUGGAAGGGGUCAAGAAGCGAAGGAGACCUUCGUUUGGCUUCCUCCCAAUGUACGGAUUCAUUCCGGAAUUCUUGUAGAUAUAAAGCAUUUUCUAGUGACCCCUUUCGCCUGCUGAAUUUUGUUCAUUUGCUG